GAUAAAUUAUUGACAAUUUGAAUUAUUUUGACAUCUUACAUAUUAUUUGAUGAAAGUAAAACUGUUCGGCGAAGCUUUUAUUUUGAAGUUGAAAAAGAAAUUAAAUAUACCUUAUUAUGAAUAAAGAUAUAAACCGGCGCAAAGUAACUUCUCUUGGCAACUCUUGGAUAAUUUGUAAAUCGAAAUCCCAUCCAGGACAUGUGUAUUAUUUCAAUAGUUUAACUGGGCAAGCAGCGUGGAAUCUUAGUGAUGCGGAGAUUGAGAAGGCAAGGCAGACGACUAAACGUCUUGAACAGUUGCCAGGUGCUGAACUUGCAUGCCCAGAACCGAAGGAUAAACCACCAAGUCCUUCCCCAAAUGCUGAACCAAUUCAACCAGCCCUUAAGAAAAGAAUCCCUCCUUUCGAAAAUCCUCAAUUGAAUAUUAUUCCAGAACAACCAUCAUCUCUUUUGGCAAAUUUGAAUGUUCCUCUGAACCAAAUGACAAGUAUUUUACAGGGCACACAAAUUGCUAAUGCUUCUUCUUUGGGUCCUAUUUGUAAUAUGAAUUUAUUAAAUAAUCCUACACAUACUUUCAAUUUGAGUAAUCCUACUCCUAUGUAUAAUCCUAAGGUUUGGGCAGUUCCUCAAGCACAACAAAUUUUCAUACCAACACCAAUAGCUCCUAUAGUGAAUCAAGGACCAAAUUCCUUGAAUGGGGCUUACAACAAGUUGGUAGAGUCUUCUACUGGAAUCAUUUUGGAUAAUUUAAACAAUGCAAGUGCUUCAAGUAUUCAAGUAGGGUCCUAUGCAUUUAACACAAGGGAUUUGAAGUUUAGAAAGGGAUUUCAGCAGCCUAUCAACAAAAAACAUGGAUUUACAAACAAGAAAGAUCUACGACAAAUGUUAUCUUUUAAGAAUAGGUUUCAAAGAAAACCUGGAGGAUCUGGUGUCUACGUAAAUGGUAACCAACUCGGAAAUCAUCCUAAUGAUUUUCAAAGCAGAAUUGGAAAUAAGGAUAGCAAAGGUACAGAACAAAUACUUGAAGAUUCUUCAAAGAUUGAUAUAACUCCUAUGAAGAAUUUGGCAUCUCCGGAUUGUAAUUCGGAUGCAUGGUUUAUAGUUAUGGAUUUGGAAGUAUUACUUAAUGAGUUCAAAUUUCUUAAUACAGUAACAGAUUCAGAUGAAAUAUGUCAUCUUAUGGUUCCUAAACGGGUUAUGGAGGAACUUAAAAUUUAUGUGACAUGUACAGAGAAUGUCCAAGCGAGACGUAUCCUACGAUUUCUAUCACAGCAGAUUGAGAUUGGUUAUGCUUUCAUGGCGGAAUAUCCAUGUGGAGCAGAAAGUUUGUCUAUGACAGAAGUGAUAGAAGCAACUUGUGCUGAACUAGUAAAAAAGAAAUAUCAUUUUAUUCUUUUAACCAACGAUAAUGAGUUAAUUACUAGAAACUCAUUGGUAAAUAUUCACAUGUUUACCAUAAGUGAAGUUCGUAACCUUUUAGGGAUUCAACCAAAGAAACAACAGAUAGUAACCCCUAAUGUCGUUCCAAAACCAAAAUUAUCUGUAAACGAACUUCUGAAUAAAAUAAAGAUUACUGUGCCAAACAACUUUUCACCAAAUCGAGACACUACCAGUCCUGAUGCAGAUAUUAAAUAUGAUGAAAUUAUUGACGAAGUUCCUGAGAUAGCAUCAAAACAAAAAGAUAAUACAGAAAAACCAGUAUCAUUGAAACAUACUGUUGAUGCUGGCAUUCAGACUGAUUUAAAAUAUAACGAGUCUAAGAGCAGUGUUUCGAAAGAACUCGAAGAGUUCCCUGGAGUAUCAAAAAAUAUUGAAAUCAGAAAAGAAGCAGUUACGAGGCCUCCUGAGACAUCAACCGUCGUAAAUGUAUCUAAGAAGAGGGGAAUAAAACUUAAACGUAGUGUGUCCAGUCAACCACCUGUAAAUUCUGAAGAAAACAGGCAAUUUAAAUAUAAAUGGCGCAGGCGUAGAAACACUACUUCUCAAUUGAAUAAACAAAUUCCAACUGAUAGUAAUGAAAUAACAAGCUCUAAAGAACUGGAAACAUGUUUUUCAUCUAAUGAUAAUCCGAAGGAACACUACGAACCAUCUACCGACGAUCCUGUGUCUGAAAGCACAGACAAUAAAGUUGUAAAUGACAGUAUUGAGAGUAGAGAAUCAAGUAUUAUUGCUCAUCCGCGGAAUUCUGUAAGUCAAGAAAAUGUAACAAUUGAUGAAACUUCAACAUCUGGUAUAAUAUCUAACACUGAGAGCAGUGUUGAUGAUAAUUUCACUACUUCAUCAAAUCAGGUAUUUCAUAGAAAAAACAAUGAUAAGAUGUAUAGAGUUGAUAGUACAACUAUGGAACAGUAUUUAAAAGUGAAAUGUGAUGAAUGGAUAUCUAGAUUUGUUCAGAUUAUGGAAGAAGUUUUAACCCAAGUAUUACACCAGGAUCCACCAUUUUCGAAUUCUAAGUUACCACCUCCUUGGACAUUACACGAGGCAGCUCUAUGUAUUGCAAUGAAGUUCAGUGAUUAUAAAGAUAUUAAAGAGGCAGCUAACAAAUUGUCCAAUAUGAUCUUUUGUGUCAGUGAUGUUAAAGGUAACAUUGCGUUAAACAUGACUGCAUCUCAAUAUAUGCAAAUGUAUAGCUAUGGUAUGCAUCUGCUUGGUGCAUUAAUGGAGGCCACCUAUAACAUUGAAGAUAUAAAAAUUGCUGUGGAAUCGUUAAAUUCGCUACUACACGAUAUAAAGAAUCCUUGCGUGGAUCAUAGUGUAAACGACAGUUUUAACGAUAAUGUUCACGAAACUUCAUCAAAUAAUAAUGCGAUGUUACAUUCAGAUUUACCGAGUAACAAUGAUGGCGUAUCGGAACACGAUCAUGAAAUGUCAAUUGAUGAUAAUGAUAAUAUCGCAGAAGUCAAUAAAAAAUCCCCAAUGAAAAGAAAACUAGUUGAAGAGGAAACGCCGAAGCAAGUAAAAUUUAUUAGAAAUAUUAAUAUAAACCCUUCCUUGUUUAAACAUUUGACUUUUCAAAAAAGUAGUACAUCUAACAAUGGUUUGAUUGAUAAGAGCAAUUUGCAAAGCGAAGAAAAAACAAAUAGUUAUAAAGUAGCAGAAAGAGACACACCGUUAAACACUGUUGAAACAGCUACGAACACAACGGAAAAAGAAAAUAAUGCACCAACCAGCCAGCCAAGUAUUAUAAGGAAAUUCACUGCAUUUCCAGAGUUAGAGAAAAAAUUGCAUAUUAGUAACCUUUAUGAAAAUCACGAUGAAGAAUUGGACUAUGAUGAGGAUGAAGAGUAUUUAACAGAGGAGUACUGUUCAGAAGAUGAAAACAAUGGCGAGCUACAUGACGAAUCUUUUAGCAAUAAUAUUGAAGAUACAGAUUCACUUAGGCCCAAUGAACGUACAGCUUUAGAAGAAAUAGAACCUUGUUUGAUAAAUGAAAACAAUGAAAAGUUUAAGUACGCAAUGUAUAUGUUUAUCCAAGAAAUUAAGGGUGCUCUGAGUCAAGUGCAAAUUUUAUGUGAUCGGUGUUACAAAGUAUUGGAGAAUCCAGAUGCAUCAACGGAGCUGAGGCUUCAACUGCGAGCAAAGGCUGAAUCAGCUCGUUUACAUAUCACUCGUUUGAGUAAAUCUUUAGAAAGUAUGCUGGAUCAUGAGACAAGCAACUCAAAUCGAAGUAUGUCGAAAUUAUUGGUGCAAGCUGAUGUGAAUUUUGCUGAAGUGGAUACUGAACUGCUUUCUAAAUACAGGAUUAGUAUAACAAAGUGUAAAGAGUGCGCUGACGGCUUCCUGAAAUCCGCACAAGAUAUCAUAUCUCGUUUAACGUGCGUUUAAUUAAAAAAACAGGUAGGUAUUACCCUACUGUAUCUCUGUCUCGCAUCUCGAUGAAAUGCCUGCUAUCGGGACUUCUAAGGGCUCGGUGUCUUCAAUCGUAAAAUAUACUUACAAAUAUCAUUAGAUCUGAUUUGCCAUUUCAUUGUAAAGGCAUAAAAUAGAUAUACAUGUACAUGUACUAUAUUAAUAAUAAGAUUCAAAGUCUAUUAUGGCAGGUAGGUCGACUGCUGGAGUCUAUAAAUAUUGUAUAAAGCGACCGACAUUGUUUUAAAACAAAUAAAUAGGUACAUUACCAGUACCUUAUGUUAAAUUUCUCUAUUUUUGUAUUUCAGCUAUAAUUUGAUUGCCAAACGAUUCUUUGCAUAUUUAAUUCGGACGGCACGGUUGGUACGGUGGUUGAGCAAGCGGCUGCCGCGCACGCAACGUGUUGCUGGUUCGAUUCCCACAUGGAGCAACUCUUUGUGUGAUCCACAAAUUGUUGUUUCGGGUCUAGGUGUCAUGUGUAUGUGAACUUGUAUGUUUGUAAACGCUCCCACGACACAGGAAAAAAUCCUAGUGUGGGGCAAUUAAACAAAAUCGUUUUGUUUCUAACCGACUUCCUAAAAGGGAGGAGGACUUGACUUUUAGUGGGUUUUUUGGUUAGUUAAGUUUUUAGUUUAUGGUUGUUGAAGUCGGUUUUUUAAACUCAUCAUCACGCUUUUAACCCUAGGUAGCCUAUUGCCAAUAGUCUGGGUACAAUUCUUAUCUCCGUGCUACUACUGAGAUUUUUUUUUAAAACCCAGUAAUACUUUGCCCGACCCGGGAAUCGAACCCAAGACC